CCUCAUCUGACAAGUAAUAGUAACGCUUCUCCAGACUGAGCUCUGAGAACUAGAUGAAGUCGCACGAGUCCAGCGUCUGCGCCCGGGGUCGCCGCCACGGUGACAGUGGCGUCACCUAGCCCUCCGGCUCCCCCGCCUACAGCACUCCCGCACCUCUCCCUAAGCCACGCCCCGGACGUCCCGCCUCCAGCACUCGGAGGUCCUCGGGUAUUGGUCUUUCCGAACCAACAUGGCGGCGCCCUUCCCAACUUCACACGCCUGCUUUUGCGCAGCCAAUCAGAGGAAAGAUGCUUCUAGAUCCCGCCUCCUUCGGCAGAACCACUGGCCAAUAAGGGCACAGCACGGAGGUCACCGCGGAAAAGGCAAAACCAGCCGACCCAAUGGCUAUGUCCCAGGGAUAGGCUCCGCCUCUCGCUGACCAGCCUGCUCGGCUACGGAAGGAGAGGCAGCGCUUCGAGAUGCGCUGCCUGACCAUGCCUACGCUGCUGCGGGCCCUGGCCCAGUUUGCGCGCACAGGACAUCCCAGUGGCCGGAGCCUUCACAGCAGCACAGUGGCAGCAACCUACAAGUAUGUGAACCUGCAGGAGCCCGAGAUGGACAUGAAGUCAAUAACCGACCGGGCAGCGAGGACCCUGAUGUGGACUGAGCUCUUCCGAGGCCUGGGCAUGACCCUGAGCUACAUGUUCCGGGAGCCAGCCACCAUCAACUACCCAUUUGAGAAGGGCCCGCUGAGCCCGCGCUUCCGUGGGGAGCACGCGCUGCGCCGCUACCCAUCUGGGGAGGAGCGCUGCAUCGCCUGCAAGCUCUGUGAGGCCGUCUGCCCUGCCCAGGCCAUCACCAUCGAGGCUGAGCCCAGGGCUGAUGGCAGCCGCCGGACCACCCGCUACGACAUCGACAUGACCAAGUGCAUCUACUGCGGCUUCUGCCAGGAGGCCUGCCCUGUGGACGCCAUUGUUGAGGGUCCAAACUUCGAGUUCUCCACGGAGACCCACGAGGAGCUACUGUACAACAAGGAGAAGCUGCUCAACAAUGGGGACAAGUGGGAGGCUGAGAUCGCCGCCAACAUCCAGGCCGACUACCUCUACCGGUGACGUGCCCGCCCACCCAGCUCAGCCCCCCAGCUCAGCCCCAGGCCCUGCUGCCCAAUAAAAGAGCCUGCUCUCCCUA